AUGCUCUCCGAUCUGGAAUUUUUUGGCCAGACGCCGACGCCAGCAGCACCCGCGAGACAGCACAUCGCCGGUUACGUCGCAAUGGCUGUUCGUGAGCCGUCAAGAUCCCUGGCGAGGGCCCUCACACGGCCUUUGGCCCCUUCAACGCGUUCCCAGCAACCCAGUCUUCGUCGUUACGCCUCCGGAAAUACACCGGAUCCUCUCAGCGAGGUCGAAUCGAACACCUCGUUGGCAGCGUCGGUUCCCGAGGAUGUGGUGAAAUCCUUUGAUCCAAUCGCGCGGGCAAAGGCUCGCAAGUCCCAAUUGCCCAAGAGUCGUUAUCAAUACCGAUCACCCAAAUACGAUCAUGGUCCUCUUCAUCCUCACAGACCUCCCCCGCCGUCAGACCCGUCAUCUCGAGUUUUCGUUCCAGGUCCGUUUUCGCUGCCUCGCGUGCAGCAGACUUACGAGUCCACCGUCGCUUCGGAUAUCCUCACCCUGUGCUAUGUUCACAACCCGCCCGGCUUUAAGCCUCCUCCACCAGCUAAUCGUCUCCGCUCUUGGGAUGAAUCUUCUCCCUACCACAAGAACAGACCCCUCCGUGGACCCCGUGGAGGUGAUGUCCUGAGACUGCUGCGAAAGCCCAUCGGCUUCAACAACAUCCCCGAGGUGGAGCGGGUCACCAUCCACAGCUACAUCAAGGAAGCCGCAACGGAAAACUCUGGCUGGCUGCACGUUGCCGGUAUGGCUGUUCAGGCCAUUUCUAACGUCCGCGUGGAGACCUUCAAGUCGAAGAGCAGUGUUGCACCCUGGGGUAUCGCUCCGGGCAGAGACACCGUUGCGGUCAAGGCGGAGCUGCGGGGAGAGAAUAUGUACCACUUCCUUGGCAAGCUGAUCGACGUCGUGAUGCCCAGAAUCAAGGAAUGGAAGGGCGUGAAGGGUAGCAGCGGUGAUAGCAGCGGCAACAUCACAUUCGGUCUGGAGCCGGAGAACGUGGCCAUGUUCCCGGAGAUUGAGGUCAACUAUGACAUGUACCCGGCCAAGAUGAUUCCCGGUUGCCACAUCACCAUCCACACAUCCGCCACUACCGAUAAGGAUGCUCGACUCCUUCUGAGCGCUAUGGGCAUUCCCUUCUACGGAAAGCUCGUUAACUAG